CGGUUAAAAUAUUUUUCUAUUUAGAGGUUAAAGCAAAAGUUCAAACUUAAAAGCGUUAAGAAUUUGAAUAGUUGCUCGCUGUCAUUUUAGUUUGGAAUAUAGGUUAAUUCACUCACUUUUAUUAACUAUUUAAUCAUCUAGUUUAUUUAACAAUAAAAUUCUGAAAAUGUCGUAGUCAAUCCACGUUUUUAUAGUAAGUCCAUCAUGCACACAGUCUCCAAGUAUCGUUCAGCCUACACUGGUUAUAACGGAUCAAGAGCCAGGCUGGUGGAUCGUCCCUGUUUACGCGAAAAACAAAAACGCAUGUUGUCAUUUCAAUGACUGCCGAAGUUAUACACUAAAAUGCUGCCAGGACAGGAGAUAUUGUAAGCAUAGACACUAUGAUUGAUUUCUGUCUGCUAGGCGUGAUUAGCUGGGAUAAUGAAGAGGCUGGACAUGCUGACACACUGAGUUCUGAUUGGUCUGCCAAGAUAUUUGCUUUUGUCAAGAUAAUGGAUCGUCAGUAGAACUACAACCCCAGGUUUCAACCACAUCACUACCCUGAAAUUAGCUGGCGUUAUCAAAAAAUCUCACUUUCUAAGAAGUAUGGUUCAGUCUUCACGGUUCACUUUGGACCCAAGAAAGUGGUUGUUCUGGCUGGAUACAAGACUGUGAAAGAUGCACUGGUCAAUCAUGCACAAGAUUUUGGGGACAGGGAUAUCACUCCUAUGUUCUAUGAUCUCAAUAAAGGACAUGGGAUUAUCUUUUCCAAUGGAGACUCAUGGAAGGAGAUGAGACGCUUUGCCCUGACAAACCUUAGGGAGUUUGGGAUGGGCAAGAAAGGGGCAGAAGAGAAAAUAUUAUUGGAGAUUCCCAAACUGAUUGAAGUAUUUGAGAAAUUUGGGGGUAAAGCUUUUGACACCACCGAGCCUGUGAAUUAUGCUGCCUCCAAUAUCAUCUCAUCCAUUGUAUACGGUAGCAGGUUUGAAUACAAUGACCCUCAAUUCCAAGGGAUGGUGGACAUAAACAAUGAGACCAUACGCCUUUUAGGUUCCGCAUCUAUUCAGGUAUACAGCAUGUUUCCUUGUCUGGGUCCUUGGCUGAAAAACUGGAGAAGUAUUAUGAGAAAUGUUGAGAUAAACAAGAAGGAGCUAAAGGAGCUGGUGCGGGGUCUGAGGGAGACUUUGAACCCUCAAAUGUCCAGAGGCUUCGUGGAUUCGUUCCUCAUCCAAAAGCAGACCCUGGAGGAAGCCAUCACUGUGGACUCCUUGUACCAUGAAGACAACCUGAUGCAUUCUAUUUUCAACUUGUUUGGUGCUGGUACUGACACCACAUCAACAACUAUUCGAUGGGGACUGUUGCUCAUGGCCAAAUACCCCCACAUACAGGACCUGGUCCAAAAGGAGAUCACCAGGGUUAUAGGAGGUCGUCAACCUUUGGUAGAAGACAGGAAGAACUUGCCCUACACUGAUGCUGUGAUACAUGAGACCCAGAGAUUGGCCAGCAUUGUACCAAUGUCUAUCCCUCAUGCCACCAGUCGAGACAUUACCUUCCAGGGAUAUUUUAUCAAGAAGGGGACGUCUGUUAUUCCUCUACUUACGUCUGUUCUUCAUGAUGAGGGUGAAUGGGAGAGCCCCCACACCUUUAAUCCCGCCCACUUUCUGGAUGAGCAGGGCAGAUUCAUCAAGAAGGAAGCCUUUAUGGCCUUUUCUGCAGGUCGUAGGGUGUGUCUGGGGGAGAGUCUGGCCAGGAUGGAGCUUUUCCUCUUCUUCACCUCUCUCCUGCAGCGCUUUCAUUUCUCCCCUCCACCUGGAGUAACAGAGGAUGAUCUGGACCUCACACCAGCUGUGGGGUUCACACUCGGUCCUUUACCCCACCAGCUAUGUGCUGUGAGUCGGGUCUGAGGAGAGAGACUCAGUGACUCAGGACAACCCUAAAUAAUUAAAUGGAGUCUUCAUGUAGGGCAUCAACAACAAGCUGAGAUCAAAAAGAAAAUGUAAUGUAUUGUUGAUUCCAAUAUCGCUCCCUAAACCUUGCUAAAGUCCAUUGUGCCUCUGAUCAUAGACUAUGCAUUUAUGACUUACAUCCCAAACCAGAAGGUUUCACCAGAAAAGGAACUAGGCAAGCCUAGUUCAGCCGCCCCGCAUUUUAAAGUGAUUAAUAUUAUUACUCUCCCUGGACUCGAAACCAGGUCUCCCACAUGAGAAGCAGUGUCCUUAACCACUACACCACAGUGGUAUACAUUUGCCCAGUGUGGUAUAGCAUCUCGACAUUUGUUAAUUUUGUCAUGCAGUAACAUCACAUCAAGUUUGAUUAUUUCGCUCAAUAGGGUUUAGGUUUUGACAGGAAUGUUUCUGAACUUUCACCCUUUAGAAAUGUAGCAGUAAGAUCGAGCACCUGAGUAUAUACAAUUAAUCACAGUAGAAGAAUAUAGUAAAAUGAUGUAUAAUCAAUGUAUCAAGACAAUAAUCAGUCUGGGGAUAAUCAAAUAACAAUGAAUGUAAAGGGCCCUAAUGGCUCCAUUAUUUUUAUACAGGUUUCUAAAGCCUAUGCUACCAAUAGUUAACAAGGAACGGAUCUUGGAAGGUUGUGAAACAAUGGUGACGAAUGGGGAGAAAGAUCCGCCCACGAAUUAGCAUAAGGCGAUGGCCAGAAAGGUUAAGCAAAGAUAACACUAUUAAUGUGUGUGUCCAGAGUUGGCAGGACAGUUGUUCCUGCAGGUCAACUCUGCUUUUAUGAUUGCCCAUUAAAAGUCUAAUUUGAAUCCUCAAA